CAGAUAAGUUAAUCGUUGAUAGCAGCAGGGACAAGUUGGUUUGAAAGCAGCACUCUCCUCCACCCUUUUGCAAACCCUAACCCAAAUCCGGCAAUUGCAUCAUCAUCUCAACUCAAUUUAUCCGAUCCACCUUACUUCCAACAACUACUCGUUACUGCUAGUCACCUAUACACACACACACACCCCCAGACAUCGAGGGAGUGGCGUGGGGAUCCAUACAUUAGAUGGCUGGUGCAGGAAUUCAUCCCUACCACCAUCACCAGUGGCCUCCGGCGCCGCCUCCUCCUGGUCCUGCCGCUGCUCCUCCUCCCGCCGCUGUUGGCCCCCCACCUCACCAGCCCAUGCCUGUCCUCAACGACGAGGUUAGGACUAUAUUUAUUUCGGGUCUUCCUGAGGAUGUCAAGGAGAGAGAGUUACAGAAUUUGCUUAGAUGGUUUCCGGGUUAUGAGGCUUCGCAGGUCAAUUUCAAAGGUGAACAUCCUAUGGGUUUUGCUUUGUUCACUACUCCGCAAUUUGCAAUUGGUGCUAGAGAUGCUCUCCAGGAUAUGGUUUUUGAUGCUGAAUCCAAUUCGGUUCUGCACACUGAAAUGGCAAAGAAGAAUCUAUUUGUGAAACGGGGUAUAGUUGUUGAUUCAAAUGCUUAUGAUCAGAGUAAACGCAUGCGUACCGGAGGUGAUUAUACACAUACGGGUUAUUCAAGUCCAUCACCUUUUCACCCCCCACCUCCUCCUGCGCCAGUUUGGGGUCCACAUGGUUACAUGGCUCCACCUCCUCCACCUUAUGACCCAUAUGGCGGUUAUCCUGUUCCUCCAAUGCAAAUGCCUGCUCCUGCUCCUGUACAAGCACCUAGCAGUUAUGUACCCGUUCAGAACACCAAAGAUAACCCUCCCUGCAAUACCCUUUUCAUCGGCAAUCUCGGAGAGAGCAUAAAUGAGGAGGAGCUAAGAGGCAUUUUUAGUGUACAACCAGGUUAUAAGCAGAUGAAAGUGCUGAGACAGGAAAGGCACACUGUUUGCUUCAUCGAGUUCGAAGAUGUAAAUAGUGCCACCAAUGUGCACCACAGCUUGCAGGGUGCUAUUAUCCCUAGCUCCGGAUCGAUUGGGAUGCGAAUACAAUAUUCAAAGAACCCAUUUGGGAGAAGGAAAGAUUUUGGCCACUCUGUGGCCCCAGGCCCGAAUGGAGCUCCACCACCCUUGACCUACCAGUAGCUGGAAGGGGAUGUACUCUGUUCUCUAUGCUAUGAUCAAUACAAACUACUACUUUGAUAGGAUGCAUCAUGCAGCUGUUGCACGCAUCCAUUUCAUCAUCAAGACAUCAGCAUUAGCAUCCCUUCACAUUUGAAUGCACUCAGUGUUAUCAUGAACAUAUUAUUUGGUCAUUUUAUGUUUUAAUACUGCAAAACAUGCAUUUGCAGCAGCAUUUUAGAAUUAUUUGUUAUUGAAGGCUUAGUUAUGUUAUGUAGAGUACUGCAUGUGUUUUGAGAUGAUUCUUGGACUUGAUUGCCGGUUUCUCCCCUUUUCAUGUCCAUUCUGUUAUCAGCAAUAUAGUAAAAGUGUCAUGUCAGUUAGAUGA